GUGAGUAGAGAUGGAGAGAAGGGAUGGGGAUGACGCGCCAAGCUUGAACUCUCCGGAACGCCGGACUCCGGCGAUAAGGGCGGUACCGGAAGAACUAAUGUAGCCGGUGUAAUGCCGCCAGAUAUCCAUCUUGUGCGUUUGCCGCCAACUUCAAUCGCUGCCCUUUUCAGGAAUGAGGUCCUCCCUGGUGGAGGAUUAAGGAUUGGCCGCACCGAUGCCGAUCGCCGACGCCGUCUCUUCCUCAUUGGGGCGAGGCGUUUCUGCUUCUCGCCGGCGGAAGAAGAGCGGGAAAGCGGCUUCUUGCCGAUCGUCAGUGCAAUCGUUCGAGGUGACCGGCGCAACUGGGCCCUCUCCCUCGAUAACCCCUUCGUCGCGCGGAAUCUGAAGCCACGGCACGUGGAGGAUGUCCUCAUCGAAACUCUAGACGAUGCGAAGCUUGCCCUUGGGUUUUUCAAUUUCCUGUCGCUUCACCGGAAGUUCGAUCACUCGACGCUUGCAUUUUGCAUCCUAAUCGUUACCCUGCUUGAGUCCGACCUCUUCUGGCCGGCGUCCUCGGUUCUUCAGUCGCUGCUCCUCCGACCGGUGGCGCCAACGGAGGUUUGCGGGUCGCUGAUGGUCUCCAGAACAAGGUGCGGGCUUUCGUCCACUUCCGGCUUUGAUCUAUUAAUUUGGGCCUACGUCCAGAAUCGCAAGGUUUUGCACGCAGUUAGGGUUUUAGAGUUUAUGAAGGGUCAUGGAUUGUCGCCGAGUGUGAGGGCGUUCUGUGAGGUUCUGAAUGCUCUGCUGGGUAUCAGGCGAUUCGACCUUGCGGAGAAAAUGUACGGAGAGCUCGUCGAAGCUGGUCUUCGGCCGGAUGGUUCUGUGUAUACUUUGAUGGUUCGGUGUCUUUGCGAGCGCAGGGACGUUGAUAGAGCUAAGGUUUUGCUGGCUGAAGCUGAGGUGAAUGGUCUAAUUUAUAGCAUUAUCAUCUACAAUAUCUUGAUCCAUGGCUUGUGCAAGGUUGGGAAAGUUCGAGAUGCCAUUGAGGUCAAGAAAUCACUGGCAACUAAGGGAUUCAAUGCAGAUGUCGUUACGUAUUGCACCAUCGUUUUAGGCCUGUGUAAGCUGGGGGAUGUUUAUGCUGCGGUGGAAUUAAUUGAGGAGAUGAUUGGGAAUGGAAUUCUUCCGAGCGAAGCUGCUUGCUCUCGUGUUAUCGAUGGCUUGAGAAGUAAAGGCAACACUGAGAAAGCAUUUGAAAUUGUUGGCGUUCUCGGGAAACAUGGCAUCAUACCCAAUCUCUUCGCAUACAAUGCGUUGCUUAAUUCAUUGUGUAAGAGAGGAAAGUUGAAUAAUGCCGAGGAUCUCUUUCAUCGGAUGGAGAAGAAAGGUCUAAUCGCCAAUGACGUUACGUACUCAAUUCUGAUUGAUUCGUACUGCAAAAGUGCCAGAUUGAAUGAUGGCCUUCUUCUAUUUGAACAGAUGGUGGACAAAGGGAUUAAGAUGACAGUUUACCCGUACAAUUCUCUGAUCCAUGCAUACUCUAAGUUAGGAAAAAUGCAGAAGGCAGAGCAUUUGUUUACGGAGAUGAUUGGUAAGGGAUUGUCACCAACUGUAGUUACUUACACGUCAAUGAUAAGCGGAUAUUCCACGGUUGGGGAUCUUGGAAGUGCACUCAAGCUCUGGUCCGAAAUGUCUUAUCGAGCUGUGUCACCAAAUACUUACACUUUCACUGCACUGAUAGGCGGUCUUUCCCGAUCAAAUAGGAUGGUCGAGGCUCACGAGUUGUUCGAUGAAAUGUUGGAACUGAAAAUGAAGCCAAAUGAGGUUACGUACAACGUUCUUGUAGAUGGAUAUUGUAGGGCAGGUAACACUAAGAAAGCCUUCGAGCUGUUAGAGGAGAUGGUUCAGAGGGGUCUUGAACCUGACUCGUAUACUUACCGGCCUCUGAUUAGUGCUCUCUGUAUGUCUGGAAGAGUUUCAGAGGCUAAGCAAUUCAUUGAUGAUAUCUAUAAAGCUAAUUAUAAAGGGCUAAACGCAAUGUGCUAUACCGCUCUUCUCCAUGGAUACUGUGGGGAAGGAAGAAUGAAGGAUGCGUACACGGUCUGUAGGCAGAUGGAAGAAAGAGGAUUUAAACUGGAUCUCGUCUGCUAUGGUGUGCUUAUUUCUGGCAUUUGCAAGAGCAACGAAAUGCAGGAAUUGGCCAAGGUUUUGGAAGACAUGGAGAAAAGAGGAUUGACGCCUGAUGAGAUAAUCUAUACAACGAUCAUCGAUUCUUACUGCAAACAGGGAAGCAUGAUCGAAGCCUUCAAGGUCUGGGAGAAGAUGAUAAUCCAUGGAUGCGUCCCAAACGUGAUAACUUACACUGUUAUGAUAAAUGGCUUGUGUAAGGCAGGACAUGUGAAUAAAGCAGAGCUACUCUGCAAGGAGAUGUUGGUGACAGAAAAUCAACCAAAUAGGGUGACUUUUGGGUGUUUUCUUGAUUUUUAUGCCAGGGAAGGAAAAAUGGGGGAGGCACUCCAUCUGCAUUCAAGAAUGCGUUACAAGUUCCAAGCGAAUACAGUCACCUAUAAUAUAAUGAUAAUGGGAUUCUGCAGAUGUGGUAAAAUCAAAGAAGCAGUUGAACUUCUUGCAGAGAUGACGGAAGAUGCGGUGCCAUCUGAUUGCAUCUCAUACUCAAUUCUUAUUUAUGAAUACUGCAAACUGGGUGACUUACGGGAAGCCUUUAGGUUGUGGAAUGACAUGCUCAAUAGGGGUUUGAAUCCUGACACAGUGGCAUACAAUAUUUUGAUACAUGGAUGCUGUGCACAUGGGUAUCUGCGCAAUGCAUUUGAGUUGCGAGAUGAUAUGAUGAAAAGAGGGGUUCUACCAAACAGGGUUACAUAUAAUUCUCUUGUUCAAGCAAUCUGCAAGAUUGGAAACAUAGAGAAUGGUUAAACUGCAAAACGAUCUCCACAUCUAGAACAUGCAUAUUCUUGGAAAAGGGGUGCCCGGGCACGAACCAUCAUGUUGAGUGCAGGUUGGGUGCUAUGAAAAAUGGGACCUCUCAUGGAUUCGGUUGCUGAGAGUUUUUUAUUCAAAUCAGCUGCUGGGUUGAGAGUUGUUCCUCGGCACAUAGAUGAAUCAUCGACGCAGACAUACCAAUUAUUCUUUCUCUCGGUUUUCGAGAUCCUCCCAGGAGACGCCCAAGGUAGCAAAAUUUUCUGUUUUCGUCACAGAUUUUGGGUGUUCAAUAAGUUGAGUGGUGCACCGCCUAAGAUUUCUGUGAGGGAUCCUAAUUUGUUGUAAUACUAACGCACCAAAUGUGUAAUACAUUUCAUUCAUUUAUACGGAAGUGAAAAAAAUACCACUUGCUGA